AUGAAGAACCUCCGACCUGAUCUGGCGCUCCCUCGUUGUCGCAGAAGAAUUCUCAGUAACCGGUUCCACAGCAUGAAGAACCAAUCCAUACAGAAGGAGUUCUCCCUCGAGGUUGCUGACGCAGAAGCAUUGUCGUUGGUGGAGGUGGAACAACAUUCCAGUUCACCCUCACAGUCACCGGUAAAUAUCUACUUCCACCUUCACAGACUGUGGGUGCAGAAGCAUUGUCGUUGGUGGACGUUCUGGGGUUAUUAUGAUGAUCGAGUGGACGAUGAUGAAGAUUGGGGAUACAUCAAUCGGGGUAAUGGCUACAAUGCAAGAGGGUACGAAGAUGAAGAGUUUGGCUAUCAAAAUGCCAACUACGUUGGGGAUGACGAUUAUGGUCACGGGAAUAGAAGGAAUGACGGUUACGAGAACAACCGCCAGCCACGAAAUAACAACCAAAGGAAUCGAAAUGACGGGUAUUACAGUAACAAUAAUAAUGGCAACCCUAAUCGGAUUCCUCGUUUCGUGGGAGGGGGCAAUCAAAGAGGUAACCAAGGUAGGAAUCACGGAAGGGAUGAGAGAUGGGAUGAAAGAAGGAACGAAAUGAGAGAUGAUAGAAGGGAUAACCGAAGAAUGGGUGAUCAAGAAUUUAACGGUCCUUAUCAUCAUCAACAACCUCCACGGGGAGUGAAUGACCGUUUCAGGCCGAUUGUUACCGAAAAUGAUUCACCAAUCGUUUGUGAGCGAAGGAUAUUUGAUUGUAAACCUCAUUACAUCAACAUACUUCCUCACUUCAAUGGGAGAUCAAACGAUGAGCCGUAUACGCAUUUGGCGGAAUUUUCUUCGGUUUGCAACACUAUCGGGGGCACAACUUUGCACUAG